UGAAAGGUAUUUAUUUAUUUAUUUGAAACCUUAAUAAAUGCGAAGUGCCAAGCACUACUGUAUCUUUUUCUUAUUUUAUUUAUUUAUUUUUUUUGUGAAAGGAACCAAAAUCGAAGAUUUAUACCAAAUUACCAUGGCCAGCGCGGAUAAUCCUGGAGAAGAAGACUUCAACAAAUUGCGAAAUACAAUUCGCAAAGUCGAUGUAUCUUCAACGGAAGUUCAUCAUGCUGGGCCAUGGCUUUAUUCCACCUCGGGAAUUAACUGCUGAGUGUUCUAAAGACAAAAGUUUGCACAAGUUUUAUUAUUCUCCGGUGGAAGAUUUAAUAAGAACGCAUCUUUUGUUGGACGAAUUACUCAGCAAUAUAAUGAAUGAACGGCCCGAGGACGUUUCACCAUACAUAUUGGAAAGCAAUAUGUUAAAUUCAUUGCGACUAAUAUUGUAUGGUGAUGAUUUUGGCUUCGCGAAUCUUUUGGACGUUGCACUCAGAAGAUUUUUUCCUUGUAUUUGGAUUCGGAUAAUAGUACCAAAUACAAGACUAAAUCGGAAGAUUUUCCAGGAUUGUGGGUUGAAAUAGCCAAAAUGAAAAUAGCUCUCCUUUUGGCCAAUCUCAACACCAUCAAGGCAACUUCGAUCCGCCAAAUCCUUUCACCAUUGGUAUCAGAUUUGAAGCGGCUAGAAGACCGAGGACUAUUCAUCCGGGAACGUGGCAUCACUAUAAAAGUCCGAUUGGCUUUUGUGAUAGGCGAUAAUUUGGGUGUGUCAGAACUGUUGGGAUUUAAACAAAAUUUUUCCACCCAUUUCGUCUGCCGAUUUUGCGGCGCCACUUAUCGUGAAUAUAAAGAUCAUUCAGUGAUUUCUAAACCGCUGAACAUACAUACCAUCAAUUACUCUGAAGCCAGACUUAAUCCUGGAAAAUAUGGUAUUAUGAGAAGCAGUGAGUUUUUUAAACUCAACUGCAAUUUGUUCACGUUGGCCCCUCCCGACCUCUUUCAUGACAUUCAGGAAGGUAUUCUGACUGAUGUCGUUCAAUCAAUUUUGAUUGGGAUGAAAGUAAAAAGAGAGAACUCAGGAGGAAAAUCAAAUCCAUCCGAUGGGUCAACUAUGCGGUGGAACUCGAAUAAUCUGCCUUAUUGGAUUCAAUUUUUCCCCGAUCGCUUAUUUAUAUUUUUUUCUAAUAUUUUUAACUUAUUUUUAUUUAAAAAAAAAAUGAUCUCAAUGUAUUCGGCUUCGAGGAUAGAAAAUCUGGAUAGAGUUCGGACAGCAAUAUUGGAAGUUCAACAUUUUUGUUGGAACAACCAAAUCCGAACGGCCAAGUCACAUUUCCUAAGUCAUUACUUGGAUUUGUGGCUAUAUUAUGGCCAAUUAUUCAAAUAUUCUACAGCGCGAUUCGAAAGGCAGCACGCUUCCUUGAAACAGCAUUAUAAACACAGCAAGAAUUUCAGGAACGUUGCUAAAUCUUUGGCUCGUCUUCAUCAGGAGUCAUUGUUUAUAAAAAAAAUUCUGGAUUUCUGUCCAAGAUUUGCCUUUCGAAUCGCGUAAUUUGGCAAAAACGUUCCAUCCGUUCUCAUUGGGACAUAACAUCGUCCGGGCUGUCAUUCACGUUCAUUCAUCAAAGCCACGAGCUUCUACACUCACCAAGGUGCCAUCUUUGUUUCGGGGCAGAUUUUUUCCUUGUAUUUGGAUUCCGAUAAUACUGCCAAAUACAGGACUAAAUCGGAAGAUUUUCCAGCUCUCCUUUUGGCCAAUCGCAACACCAUCAAAGCAACUUCGAUCCGCCAAAUUCUUUCUUGAUUUAAAAUUUGAUUUAAUUUGAUUUCGCAUUUAAAAAAAACCGUUAAUUAUUGUUUUAAAUCAAUGUGGUUCAAAUACAACUUGAUUUUUUUUGUAAAUAAAAAUCACACUCUAAACAUCAA